AGGCCUUCCCUGCUUCCGUCGGUGUCCAACGAAGAAGAUAGACUCGAUCGAUGCGUCGGCUCAAUGCUGAGGACGGAGCAGGGAAUCUCUCGAGGAGCUACACUGUUUAUAGCUCUUCGUCACGCCAGUGCGCUGCAACUCUCACGGUGUUCGUGGUGGCUCCACAGAAGCCACAAGCCAAAACUUGCGAGGCCGCUGCAAGCAAUCAAGCGAGCAAGCAAGGCAUCACGCAAUCUUUCGAAAUGGCUUUAAUGUGGGAUUGAUUGAUUGAUCAUCCAUCUCUCACACCACACCGAAGUUUCGAGUUGGCAAAAUUUGAGGAUAUGUAUGAAGCUUGUGAAAUUCCCUGGAAAGCCACCCAACCCAGUUAGCUAGGCAAAAAAAUUUCAAAGAUUAUUCGAGCAUAUUCUUUUUUCUUAAACCCUAGGAGCAAUGCCUGAUGUUGAGGACGAGGGCGGCGCUUGAUCGUCUGCUGCUCCAUUCUCGAUCGUUUCUUCCCAUUGAUGGAUCAUCGCAGCUGCCAUGGCAGGCGCCUGCAUUGCAGUCGAUCGUGUUCCGCGUCGCAUUUGUCAGGCACAAGUAUCACAACAGGAUUCGCCCCCAUCUCAUGCAACGCGGCGUCCGCAAGAGCUACCGGCUGUAUGAGCUCAAGAUGGGGCUGGAGGAGAGCGACGACGAGGACGAGUUUCUCAAUUACUUGCAGAAGGAGGUCACAAGCACGUACAUUGAUAGAUGGAGACGAAGAAUGUCUUUGCUUCUUCAGUCUUCCAAGAACGAGAUAAUGUCCAUGGAAAGUAAAGAUCUCAAGUGCUACAAUGCUAUAAGCUACAUUGCCAAAGAGCUUGGUCUCUACAUUAAUCUCUACUGGAAAACCAUCGUUGUCAGUAAGCUUCCUCUACCAUUGUAUAGACCGGACUUGGAUCCGGAUCGUCCGCAACGACAGGUUUAUGUUGCACCAGCCACGUUUUUCAGGGUUAAAGCGUUUCUAGACGAGUAUAAACGGCACAGGAAAGAGAAGGAAGCCAAGGUGGAGCUCUUUCCAAUCGUUGCUCCAGAACAGCCCCCUCAGUCUCUUCCGGAUGUUUAUGAUCCGCUAGCUGGUAUUUUUGGCGAUGCGAAAAAGAGCAAGCUUAUGUUUGAUAGACAACGCGCAUGGCAGGACUCUCGAGAGGGACAAAUAGCUCUUGGGUUUCGUAGUAAACUUCCAGCGUUUCAGUUAAGGUCUGCAUUCCUCGAGUCACUGUCCCGUUGUCAGUUCUUGGACAGGUUCUGGUGGUAACUGGAGGAACUGGCUGUGGCAAAACAACACAACUUCCACAAUAUAUACUUGAAUCUGAGAUUGAUGGUGGAUGCGGUUCGUCG